GGCACUGAUGUGACAGCCUCAGGCUGUGCUGAAAGUUCCAUGUAAGUUUCUACAAACGGUGUUCAAGCCUGAGAAUACUGAUCAAGGUUCCAGGGCAGCCUAUAGCGCCAGGCUCCUAUAUAGGUGGGUAUCACCACUUCUCUGUCUCUUUAUUCCAGCCAUAGCAGAGACAAGGUGCCCCAUUCAGGGCUUUCCAGUCCACAGAAGCACAUGUGGCUCCACAGUGAUUCAAGCCCCACUCGGCCUAGCCUCCUGGGGUCAGGGCCAGCCUGGGAAAGGACGUGAGGACCCAGUCUCUCAGCCUCACCUAAGCCUCUGGCUUCCUCAGAAUAGGAUGGAGUAAGGCCUUUUCUACAGAACAGCACUGUAACAGCUCACCCUCAUGUGGACAUCUGGACCCCACAGUCCCGCUGGCACAGUCCCUGAGAACUGUUUGGCCCUCCACCCUGCCUCCAGGACACCGCAUGAAGGAAGUUCACCAGUGCUAGGACAAGGGAUAAAGUGAGUUGAAGCUGAGGCCCUGGGUUCUGCUAAUAGAGGAACCGAGAACCGUUCUCUUUGAAAAGAGAAGUAUGUCAUUGCCAUGGCCCCAGACACACAGACUCCCACCUCUGUCCUGAGUGGAGUGCCCAUUCUCUGGAAAGCCGCAAACAUUCCCAAGCUGGACUUCUAGUGAAUUAUUUCAAAUUCUUUGAAUUUUUCUAGUCUGGAAGGAUUGAAGGAGGGGACAGGAGGCGGGGAAUGAUCUCCGAGGAGGUUAAAUAGGUCACCUCAACGCUGGGCACCAAGAAAAGCAGAGGGACCCAUGAAGAUCUUCACCCACACUUCUGGCACCAUGAUGUCACUCCGGAUUCUACUCCUGGCUGCCCUGCUUCUGGGGACUUCUCUGCAGCAUGCCAGCGCUGCUCGCGCCACCAACGUAGGCCGAGAGUGCUGCCUGGAGUACUUCCGGGGGGCCAUUCCCAUCAGGAAGCUGGUGACGUGGUACAGGACCUCAGUCGAGUGUCCCAGGGACGCUAUCGUGUUUGUGACUGUCCAGGGCAGGUUCAUCUGUUCAGACCCCAAAGGCAAGCAUGUGAAGAAGGCCAUCAGACACCUCCAAAGCCUAAGGCAGUAGCCGGUGACCUUCCCCCAGGAGCACUUGGAGACUCCAGCCCUGGUUCUCAUGACCUCAGCCCAAAGCUGCCUGCAUCCAAUGGAGGCCUUAAGAGCCCAAGAAGAGCCACCGAGUGGGAGUCCCUGUCCCCUUUUAUGGACUCAAGCUACAGGCACAAAAACCUCU